CAAGGUGGUCAGAGCUGGGUUCGGAGCUGGCCUCUGGCCGGCGUGGAAGGCUUCCGCUGCGUCCCCGUCGCAAGUGAGAUCCUGAAUGGAUUGGGUAGACGAAUAUUCCCAUAAUUCCUUUGACCUACAAUGUUUGUUAGACUCAUUCCCUGGAGACUUGGAGUUUAAGCAGAUUUUCAGUGACAUUGAUGAACAGAUCGAACAAAAUGCUGCAAGCAUAGAACAUUGCAUUAAAGAGAUACAGGCCAAAGUUAACAAGCAAUGUUCAGAUGUGCAGCUGCAAACAACUACUGACUGCUUGGAAUGGCUAACUGAUUUUGACUAUAAUACAGCUAAGGCACCUUCCAUCUUCCAUGGAGAUUUAAUAAAAUUCCUCAAGACACUGCAAGAUUUGUUGACAAAAGAACAAAAUCAAGAAGAAAUGAUACUGGAUUUCCUUUGUGACCUCUACUGCCAGAGCAAUGUUUGCUUCCCAUCGACUCUAAGCGGAAUAUCUUUCCAUACCCUCUCUAGGAAUUCCCUUCAUUCAGUUGAAGAUCACUCUACUGUGGAAGUAAAGUCUAUAUGGGAUGAUGUAAGACUGCAUCUUCGACGGUUCUUAGUGUGCAAAUUAGAAAGACAUAAUGAAAUAAAUAACCCACAGCAAAAAAUUUUAUUGAAAAAUCAAUGCAUACAAAAACUAUUGUUUCUUUAUCCAGAAAAUGAAGUUAUUGUCAAGUACCAAAACAUACAGAAUAAACAGCUAACAAAACUUCUGGAGGACUACUUUCCUUCUUAUAACAGAGAUUUGAAUUUAGACCUAAUAGUGCAUGAAUAUGAAAGUACCAUGCUUAAGUUAUACUCAGUGAUAAAAGAGGAUUUUAAUACGAUAUGUGAAAUUUUAGCGCCAUCCUCAACAGUGAAAUUCAUUAAAGAAACAUACCUGGAUACGAUUUCAGAAGAAAUGGGAAAAUUUCUACAAAAUUUCUGUGAGCUGCAGUUCAAAGAAAAUGCUGUUCGUGUGGUUAAGACCAGCAAGAGCUCCAGCAAGCAUAGAGGAACAGUGCAUGCUUUGGGUUAGUGACAUUUCAAUUUUGUUUGGUUUCAUUUAAUCCUUUGAUACU